UGUAUAAUAACAGUAGUGAAUUCGAUCAAUAAGUACGGCAGAGCAGGUGCAAGGCAGGUAAAGCGACUAGCAUGAAGACAUGGCUGCUAUUCUGUUGAAGAGUUUGCAUUCAUUGGAAGCGCUAGACGAACCGACUGCAAAAUGGAAUGUUCCCUUAAGCGACGGGAAUCACGUCAUAGAAUUUGAACACGGCACGGCUUCAGGUCGUCGAUUGGUGAAGGUGGAUGGCAAAGUGUUGAUUAAUAGAGACUGGAUGUUUCAACUCGUUGGUGACGAAGUGUUCAAAUUCAACGAAAAUAAUUUUGUAAUUAGAAUAGACCCAAUAUCAGGUUUGAAGUACUGUUAUACCUUGUGGGUAAACGGCAAGUCUUACAAAAAUUUUGUACAAACACAGUCGAAAAUCUUGGACACGUGGUCGGCUGACGUUGGAAACGAGGAGUACAGAAUAGUAUUGGACAAGCAAACACAGAAUGUUUGGGUAAAUGGGGAACAAAUUGAAACAGAGAAUGAAUUUACCGAUGAUGGUGCAGAGAUACUAUUCUCAGUCGGAGAUCUCCCAGCUGUGAUUAGAACUCAGAGUUCAGGACAGAAAGAGAUAGGCAUAACAUAUUCCUUGUAUAUUAACGACGCGGAAAUCCAAAGAGAAAUGUUGUUCAAAGAAGAUAAAGAAGCAUAAAUCAAUUUAUAACGUACCAUGUUCCCACAAUUUUAUUUAAUCGUUGUAUAAUACCACGCGUUACGAAAAUUUGUUACACUAUGUAUGAUAUAGAAUAAAUUGUGAUACAUUCAGUGCAUAUUUUAGAUA